ACACAGUUCGUGAGACGUAACUUGGCUUUCGAUAUGGGGAAAACGAACUUCCCCAUCGUGCUUUUAUUUUUGGUGUUUCUCCAAUUUAUCACUGCUCAAGAUUGGCUGAAAGUUUCAAAGCAGGAGCUUCUGAAUCUAAGGAAUUCAAUUAAUGCUUUUGAGGGUAAGAAAUCCGACAUUGUGUUUCUGGUUGAUACUUCGGGCAGUUUAUACAGAAGCGACUUCAACGAAGAGAAAAAAUUUGUUAUGAACUUGCUCAACGAGAUGAGUGUGGGUAUGCAAGCAAACCGUGUUGAGGUGAUCCCGUUUGGGACCUCAGCCAGCAAGUUCAUCACCCAGAUUUCCGACCCGAAGCCAACUAAGAACAAGUGUACGUUUAACGAAAUAUUCAAUCCCAUGCAGCACAGUAUUAAUGGCUGGAUGACGAACAUGAAGGAUGCAUUUGAAUUUGCAUGGCAAGUUUGGCUGAACAACGGGAACAAGAGAACGCCUCUGACUCAGAUCAAAACCGUCGUUAUUCUUCUAACUGACGGAUAUUGGAAUUAUCCUAUCAGUCACCCCAGUCCCGUGCAAAGAGCACAAGAGUUGGUGUCAGGCACUGUUGAGAUUUUUGCUAUAGGAGUUGGAAAUGGAGUUAACCAGGCAAACCUUAGGAGGCUUGUUGAUCAACGAAGCAUAGACCAGCACGCGUUUUUCUUGAAAGACUUCAACGAAUUUGCGGAACUUGCAACCUACAUUAGGGGGGACCCUUAUGAAUACUUAUGGCAAACUGAGAAUGUGCACACGUCAAAAUGUAACGGCAAUUGUGAUCCAAAGGCCUAUUGUUCCUGCGGGUUGGUGUACGGUGACUACAAGUGCUCGUGUCCCGCGGGACAUUCUGGAUCGGGAUUUGUGGGCCAGUGUAAGGAAUGUCCACCCUCCACUUACAAAACAUUCCUUGGUUACGCACCCUCGUGUAAUGCCUGCCCUGCCAACUCGGGUCAUCAGAAAACGGGUAGCACCACUAUAGCCGAUUGCAAGUGCUUUGAUGGAUAUGAAGGAACACCUGAAAACGGAAACGACUGUAUAAUUCGCAGUUGUGACGCGCUGUCAAUUCCCGAAAACGGCGCCCUACAGGGAUCCUGCUAUCGCACGUACGGAUCAAGCUGUACUUUUGCGUGCAAUGAGGGAUAUGAACUCAGUGGAACACCUACGAGAACAUGCACCGUCAACGCUGCUAAUCAAAUUUCCUACAGUGGAAGUUCUUGGUCAUGCACAGUUAUUAGGUGUCCAGCGCAAAAGGUGGACUAUGCCAAGCCCCCUUCGGGUACAUGUGUUGAUAAAGACGGAAUAGAAGUCGCAGACUUAAAAUAUGGAACGAGAUGCUUUUUUACGUGCGGAAUAGGCUACAACCGCGAAGGAAAUGAGUUCAACACCUGUCAGCUGGACAAAUCAUGGUCACCGACAGCUCCCAUUUGCAAACAGGUGACAUGUCCAGCGUUAGGCAAUUUGACAGUUGGUAGAUACAUCCCACCGGAAUGUGACAUUGGCACCUUACCCUACCCCACUAGCUGUGAGCUGAGAUGUCCACCUGGUUAUCAUGUCAAUUAUCUUCCAACAUCAAUUUUGUCUGACUCAAGAUCCUGCUUGUUGAAUGGGACCUGGACGUACAGGGCAAUUACCCCGACAUGCUUAGAUUUUCAACCUCCUUCAUUCGGCAACAGCUGCCCGCUAGUUUUGGACUUUGACAACGACCCAGGAAAAAGCGUAGCCACAGUAACCUGGAACGUAAGUUGGACCGACAAUUCUUUAAUAGAGGACGAGUCAGGAAUAACCGUGGAUAUGUUCAAGGUGAACUUGACGAUUAACGACAACGACGUAGACACAACUCUCCCUAAGUUGAUCGGUAUCGGUGCAAACAGAGUGAAGUAUGUAGUCCAAGAUCGCGAAUUAAACUCCGGUUCGUGCUCCUUUACCGUUACUGUUGCAGGUAAGUAGCAGCUUUUUCAAGACUUGU